GUUGAUGCCCUUUGGGACACGGGAGCUCAGGUUUCCAUCAUAUCGAAGUCAUGGAAUGACGCCUAUCUACCCGACGUGCUAGUGAGAGAUAUAAGUGAGUUAUUGGGGGAACGUGAACUGGACCUGCAGGUUGCAAAUGGUACUGCAUUUUUGUAUGAUAGCAGGAUUGAGGUAGAAUUUCAGUUGCUUGGAAAAUAUGGACAGUCAGAGCCAAUAACAGUUCCCAUUCUAGUGGGUAGGCAAGAUAACCAAGGAUAUUCCAUAUUGGAUUUAAUGUCAUCGAAGAGGUAGUAAAACAAAGGAGCAGCAUCGGUAUCGAACAUGACAUGACCCGCCUUGUCCAAACUGCAUUCCUAUGCCUUUCAGAAGUCAAGGCAAUAUUUAAUGCAAUUUCAUGCAAGCUAAGGAGAAGGAGUCUGAUACAGGUGUUAUCAGGGUGGGGAAGCACGAUGUCCACCUAA